AUGACAGAUGUUCCAGUGACAUUAAGUGGAGCUGAGUGUAAUGGGGAUGCACCACCUGAAAAUGGGCAAGAACCAAUCACUACAAAAAUGGAUGAAGCGACUAAUGCAGAUGGCACCCCAACAUACUACAGGACAGACCCUAGUCUUGAAGAUGUACCCAUAGAAGAAAACCAGGAGGAAAGUGAAAAAUCACAAGGGACCCUGCUACUCAACUGGUCUAUGGAUGAGAAAUUCCUCAAAGAAAAACCAGAAGACGAUGUCUUUAUUGUUCAUAAGGCUAUCACAGAUCUUUCUCUCCAAGAAACGAGUGCUGAUGAUAUGACCUUCAGAGAAGGGCAUCAGUGGAAGAAGAUUCCUUUGAGCAGCAAUAACCAAGAAACAAUUAGACAGAAGGAAAGGAGUUUUGAAAAACCUCUAGAAGAAAGAGAAGACGGGGACAGUAAAAACAAAGCCUACGAGGCAACUGAAAUUGAGUGGUUGGGAUUUCAGAAACCUAACCAAGUUGACAUGUUGCAUUCUAAACAUGAUGAGGAGCAAGAGGGUUGGGAUGAAGAAAUUAAUAAUGAUGAUGAUGAUUGCCAUGAUGAUGAAGAUGAAGUUAGAGUGAUAGAAUUUAAGAAAAAAAAUGAAGAAGGCUCUCAAUUAAAAGGUGAAGGGGAUGCAAGUGAAGACUCCCCCCUAAGCAGCCCCAGUUCCCAACCUGUGACACCAGAUGAGCAUCCAACUUUAGGGAAGAAGAAUGACAUCUCCAGAAAUGCUUAUUCAAGAUACAAUACAAUAUCCUAUCGCAAAAUCAGGAAGGGGAACACCAAGCAAAGAAUUGAUGAAUUUGAAUCCAUGAUGCAUUUAUAA